CUAAUGCAGCCGCCUCCAUCUAAACCCUACUCUUCUCCAAAAACCUAAUAUUCCAAUCUCAGACAAACUUACACAGAUUCAGCGGAAUCAAAUCCCCAUCCCUUCUCUCUCUCUCUCUCUCUCUCUUUCUGCAACUCCUCAACGGACACUGCAAUGUCGGCGUUUUCUCAGCUCCCCAAAGAAUGAGCUCUCCUUCCUCUUAGCGUUGUCCCGCAUUUUCAGUGAACUGUGAACGAAAGAAAUGUCAAAGAUGCCACGUCUGCGCGCUCUCUCUAGGGUUCUCCUCUGAAGGUCUCCUCCUUUCAUGGACUCGCUUGAGAUUUAGGGCUUUUUUGAGGCAGAUUACUUAUAAAAUGAAUGGUUCUUCGCUUUUGAUCGAGAAUCUCAAUGGCGGAUUUGGGGACUUUGAUGAUAUGAUGCAAUUUUUUGAUUUCCCGUUGGAAGAUGUGGAAGGAAAUGUGGGAGGUGAAGAUUGGAUUGCUACAUUACAAUCGCUUGAACCGCCAUCAUUGGAUGUUUUGACUGAUUUAUCAUCUGGAUUUUCUGGUAAUAUUUGCAACGAUGCUACAAAAGUUCCUGAAAAUCCCCCAGCUCAGUAUGGUGAAAUUUCUCCGAAAAAAGAGCUGCCAAGCACUGCUGAAGCCAUCUCCAGUAGAAGGGUUCCCCAUUACAAAGGUUCUGAUGGCAAAGGUUUGCGUCUCUUCCAAACCUCCAGUCCAGUUUCUGUUCUUGAAAGCAGCAGCUCUAGCUCAGUUGAAAAUCCCACAACUUUUGAUCCCAAAAUCAUCAUCCCUGUGAAGCGUGCUAGAAGCAAGCGCAAUCGCAAUCGCCCGCGCCCACCAUAUGUUGACCGGCAAUUCCUCACUCCUUUCAUUUCCUCUGCUCCCAAAAUAUCCCAUCAUUGGGAUGCUUUUGAAUCCGGUUCAGAAACUGAUCUCACUGAGAGAGUAUCAAAUCCUUUGAAAAGAAAACUGAGGAAGAAAAAGAACCUGUCAGUGCUCUCAGGUGCCGCAGAGAUGAAGAAUGAUUCCUGGCCAGAACCAAGUGCAGGUAGAAAAUGCAAGCACUGCGCAGUGACAGAGACCCCCCAAUGGAGGGAGGGGCCAGAUGGGCCGAAGACCCUUUGCAAUGCAUGCGGAGUUCGUUACAGGUCUGGCCGCCUCUUUCCAGAGUACCGUCCGGCAGCAAGUCCUACCUUUGUUGCAUCCUUACACUCAAACUGUCACAAGAAGGUUAUUGAGAUGAGAAGCAAGGGCAGUGUCAGAGAAGAAAGAACGGCUGACAUGGAAAAUUCAUCAUCGUCCCCAGGAGUAUCAAAUGGAUAGCCAUCUAUCUAUCUAUCUAUCUGUCAGGUUGUGUUUGAAAUGAGAACAGUAGUUCUAGUUGGAAGCUGUCGUGUUCUCUGUUCCUCCUGGCUAUCUUAUAUUUGAUUAAUUUGUUUUCUGUACAUUAACUGAAUAAGACGUAGGAGUUCCUUGAUUGCCAUAUGUUUUCCAGUGGGGAAAAUUGAAGGCAACAGAGUUUUUGUAUCAGGUGGGUUAAUUAGCUGUUGUCUAUCGAGAUAAGAGACUUAAAGUAGGACUACCAAGCACUGCACUUGUACUAUAAUGUUAUCGUGUCCUAUGCCAGUGUUAAAUAGCUCAAAAGAGCAUAGGAUUUUAAUGUCUUUUUCCUGAAGUAAUACUUGAAAUCUAACUCCCUGUUUGGAUU